AUGGAUGAUACUGUUUCGGGCCUGGCAGCCCAGAAGAUUCGGGAGUUGUUUGCAAUUUGUGGAGUUGAAAGCAGUGAGGAGCUUCUCAGGUCACUUACCGCCCAUGCUGUCGAACAUCUUCGCGAAGCCCAACUCAGGACCGAGAGAGGCAGCGGGUCCGAGCCUAACUCUCAGCUGAAGGAAAAGACGAUCGAAACACCUCUCACUCCUCCACAUGACAAACGUGGAUCUGAGCGCCUUCUGAAACAGGCUGUAACAGAAGGCCGAACGACUUACAAUGAUAUGGCUGGCAUAGGGGAGCGAAAAAGGAAGAAGAGAAACAACGGUCAUGGCUUGAAGUUGAUGGACCAACAUCCUGGAGCAUCUGCAAGUUGUGAAAGUGGGAUAUCUAGCGGCAAGGCUCCCCCAAAUAAUCUGUCGCCUCAAACGUGCCAAACGGUCGAUGACGCUAAUCCUCAGAGUUUACCGACACCCCGCGAUAGCUCCUUGCCAUCAUAUAUGAAUUCAGCCUACGAAAUGAAGGUCAUAACAACGAUAAUCAUGGAAUGCGUCAAAUCGAACUCCGCUAUAGCGAAGUACGGGCAACACACCAGCACAGCUAUGGUAACAACUAAGCUGGAGAAGACACAGGAUUAUGUCAACGAGUUGUCCAAAUACAGUUAUGAUCAAGCAAUCAAGACCAUUCGAAGGGACACUGCUUUAAACGCUGGCAGAGCAAUACAGACCAACUACAACGAAACCAUCUUUUGGCCAAUCAUCCUUAAAUGCGCCGCUCUGAUCGAUCCUGCAACACUGCCCCCCGCGAAAGGCCCGAUCGAUGGAUUUUCAAUGGCGGAAAAAGCUGCUACAAGGAGAUUCAUGGAGGACAUCGGGCAUAGCUUGGGCCCCGAGAAUCAGCGACAAUAUCGUACAUUCUGGAAGAAUAUAUAUGAAAUGCGUGAGGCUGGCGCUCACAAAAUUCUUCUUUACCGCUCGAAAGAAUUCGACAGCUUUUGCAGAAGCUAUUCCAAAACAGCGGAAAUCUCACUUGUGAACAAAGUUUUAGAGUGGGAAAAGCAGUAUCACCCUCACAUCGAGCAAUUAGAAACGCAGAUCUUAUCACUGAGCACAGGUGACUUGAAACGGUGCGCCGCGGAGUCUGUUUGUGCCGAUAAUCUAGGCAUUAGACACGGCGAUGAAUUGGUGUAUGAAGGUGGGACCGAUAAGUCCGCAUUCGUCACCCUUUUGCCCAAAGACAACGGGUCUUUAUUUGUCUCGUCUAUUGUACCCAUUUGCGAAGGAGACUUCUUAGGCAUAUUUGCUGGCACAAUCCGUUUCUCGGAGGAGUUUAGUGAAACUCAUGGUAUCUCCGGUCCCACCAGGAGACUUUGGCUUGACUAUUCUCAGGUCACAGGGGUACUGAACCAGAUGCAUGUAUCUGAGCCCGGUGGCAAUGCAAACGUGUGCCUUCUCUGGGAGGCAUUCUGUGGCAACGUUGAGACACAGUCUUGCAUUUCCUGGCAAGUCUCUGUCAAAGCCACCAAACAAAUCAUGCCGUUUGAUCCUAUCAUUCGUGCAGCUGCUCAGCAAGAGCAAUUCGAUCUGCAUAUGUCACCUGACAAUGCCCAAAAAGGCUUUCUCGGAAAUUGUAUCAACUCAUAA